AUGCAAAGUGUCCGGGUCUUGCACCUGAAGCGAAGCUGUUCGUGUUCCGUAUGUUUACAGAUGAGUAUCUUUCGUUUACGUCUUGGAGGACCAGGUUUCCAAGACUUACCCUUUAUCGACAAAGUACAAGAACAGAUUGCAAAUGGUAUCAUUAUGGUAUCUGCAGUCGGCAAUGAUGGGCCUCAUCAUGGCUUACUUUCCAAUCCUGCUGAUCAAGUGAAGGCCAUAGGUGUGGGAGGCAUCACUAAAAGCAACGAGAUUGCUGAAUUUUCGUCGCGUGGUAUGACUACAUGGGAGCUUCCGUUUGGAUCUGGCCGUGUCAAACCAGAUAUUGUCACUCUUGCUGAAGACGUCCCAGGGGCGGAUGCCUCGGGUAGAUGCAAGGUACUUUCUGGAAUCAGUGCAUCGGCUCCAAUCAUAUCGGCAUCAAUAGCAGUUCUCGCGUCCAUGAUCCCUGCAGAGGAAAGAUGGAACUUGUUGAACCCAGCAUCGAUGAAGCAAAUUUUGCUCGAAAGCUCAGAUAAGCUGAAAGAACGCUAUGGCUCUGACAAUGUAGUUCGGAGCCACAUUUUUGAGCAAGGAAGCGGAGCGCGUAACAUCUCUAGGGGCCAAGAUGUAGUCCUGAGUGUCUUCAAGCCCAGCUCUUUCCCAGACAAACUGGACAUGACAGACUGCCCACGUAUGUGGCCGUAUUGCUUACAGCCGCUGUACCAUAGCGCAUUGCCGCUUAUGGUAAAUUUGACUAUUCUAAAUCCCACUUCUGUUGUGGGUACGAUUAAAAGUCUUCCGCAAUGGUUAGCCGGCACCAAUGGCGAGCACCUACUGGUCUCGACAUCAUUACCUUCUGUUGUUUGGCCGUACUUUGGCUCGAUUGGCGUUUUCGUUGAGGUAAAAGAGCAAGCUGCUGCUUUUGAGGGUAUUGCCCAGGGAACACUGCGGCUCGAAUUGGACAACGCCAAUCACGUUAAUGAUGUCCUAAUCCCAAUAACCGUCAAGAUUAUCCCUACUCCGCCAGCGUCGAAGCGAAUUCUGUGGGACCAGUUCCAUAAUAUCCCUUACCCAUCAGCUUUUGUGCCGAGAGACAACCUUGAAAACCAGCGCGAUCUCAUGGAUGUAUCGGGUGACCACCCACACACAAACUUCCACCAGAUGGAAUCCGGUGUUAUGCUGGUUGUCGAUCCCGAGGAAGAUUUUUGUCGAGACGAAUCCGUAGCUCUGCAAGCUGCAGUCAAGUUCUUGAACGUGUCGCUAAUCGUUUUUGCCGAUUGGUACGACAACCGUUUGUUGGACUCCUUAGAGCUCUUCGAUAUGACCACGCUAAGUAAGUGGCACGCCAUCACCGGUGGGACCAACAUUCCGGCAAUUCAUGAGCUGUUACAAAACUUUCCUAUCGCGUUUGAAGCUGGAGUUGUCUACAGCUCAAGCUUAUCGCUACUGAAUUCAGGCAACGACUCGUCGUUCCCGUACUGGUCAGGCUCGUAUCUCACGAACUUCCCGGUGGGCGGAUACCUGGGCUACAUCGAAGCUAUCGAUCAGAGUCUUUAUGAGGUGCCUUCGCACAAUGGCGGUCGCAUUGCAGUCUUUGGCGACAGUUCAUGUCUCGACUCAAGCGGGCACCCUGCAGCUAAAUUCCGAAACUGUUUUGGAAUGCUACGCACGAUAUUGCGCUUUACGAACGAUGGUGUGCUUCCACUCUUUAGCACUUUGCAGGACGACUCGGCAAACACAAAACUUCAACGUCUCGAGCUAGAAUUCGUCGCUGACGAGUCAGUUUUGCACUCGUUGGUGGACUUGCAAGACGAAGACGUAUAG